AUGGACCUCAACGACAAGUUCUUUGGUGGCGCUAUGGAUCGACUGAAGGAGAGCCCAGGAUCGGACGUGUUGCAUCAAGGCAUCACAAUACCGAUCACAGAGUUAACAGGUGUAGCCACAGAGGAAGAAUCCGAGACCGAAGGCCCCCCCUCCCCUCAGCGGGCUCCGGGGUCGCCGCCCCCAGCUCCGUCCGCACCCGCUCCUCCUCCAGGCGACCAUCCGGACACCGCGAUAGUGUGCUCUCUCCUGGCCCGAAUAGUAGACAAUCAAACAAAAAUAAUCACACAACUCCAGACCAUAAAUGAGAUGAUGAUGAAAGACAGGCAGAUCGUAAACAACCUUAAUCUAAGAGUCGAAAGCCUUCAAAAGGCACGCAUGCUUGGCCUUACCACCCAACCAGCCCCCUCAGCAUCAACCACACCUGCCAGCAGACCAACACCUCACAUAGCCGAACCGGGCAAAGGUCCCAUAUAUCUAUGA